AUGACCACAAAUUCCACCUUCUCGCUUAUCAAUGGCGGCCUAGCUGGAACGAUCUGGGUGUACUUUGGAUGCUGGAUGUUCACCAUCACCUUGGUGUGCAGCUUGGCAGAAAUGGCCUCCAUGAGCCCUACCAGUGGCGGCCAAUACCACUGGGUUUCCGAAUUCGCGCCACCCUCUCAGCAAAAGUUCUUGAGCUACUGCGUUGGCUGGCUGAGCGCCUUGGGCUGGCAAGCUGCGAUAGCGGGAACGGUGUAUGUGAGCAGCGUUCUCAUGCUGGAGCUUGUGGCUUUCAACACCGGAUUCGUAUACACUCGAUGGCAAGUGACCUUGCUCAUGAUCGGACUCGGACUUUUCGGAACUUUCUUCAAUACGUUUGGCGCCAAGCGGUUGCCAUUGCUGGAGGGCAUCGUGCUCUGCCUCACGAUAUUUGGAUUCUUCAGCGUUUACGUGCCAUUAUGGGUGCUUGCACCAAAGGCAUCAACAAAGGAAGCCUUCACACAAUUCUCCAACUUCGGUGGCUGGCCUUCAGUCGGAACGGCCUGUAUCGUUGGCCAGCUCACGGCGGGCGCGGCGUUCGUUGGCAGUGAUGCACCCGUCCAUCUCGCGGAAGAAGUCAAGAAUGCCUCGCUCGCCGUGCCAAGGAUGAUGCUGACCACGAUCCUGCUCAACGGGGCCUUUGGAUUCGUCGCCAUCAUUUCUUUCGUCCUCUGCAUUACGGACGUGGAGUCGGUGGUCGGGUCCACUUCCAUAUUCCCGUUCGUCGAUGUCUUCUAUGCAGGGACAGGCAGCAGAGCUGGAGCGACAGCAAUGGCAUGCAUACCACUCGUGCUUACGAUUUGCACAUCGCUCAAUGCUAUGGCGGCAGCAUCUCGACAAGCCUGGGCACUGUCGAGAGAUGGAGGCCUUCCAUUUUCGGGAUGGUUCCGCAAAGUUGUGACAAUCGGCACGCCAAUCCCAUUGAACGCGAUCUUGUUCUCCCUUUCGAUCCUGGUCAUCCUGGCCCUGAUCAACAUUGGAAGCAGCACUGCGUUCAACAGCAUUGUGGGCUUGCUAACUUCGGCCACAAGCUUCUCAUAUGCGGUGUCGAUCGGAUCGAUUCUGAGCAAGAGGCUUCGGCGUGAGCCACUUCCGCAUGCCAGGUGGUGGCUGGGAAUUUUCGGACUGCCCAUUAAUGUGAUCGCGUUUCUUUACGUCUGCUUCACUGCAAUCAUGAGCUUCUUCCCGGUCUUCGCAGAGGUCACAGCUACCACAAUGAACUGGUCUGUGGUCAUGUUCGCGGGAGUAUUCGCGAUUGCGGCGAUAGAUUACGCCUUGCGCGGAAGAAAGAAAUACAAGGGACCUGUAGUAAAUAUUAGAAGGGACGAGUAG